CCGGCAGCUCGGGGUGGUCUAGUCGCGGAGGGGAGGCGCCAUCCUCUUUCCCCUGCAGGGCCGCGGGGAAGGGAAAGCGAAAGAGCGCUGUUAGUGACGUUGCAGCAUCCGUUGCCCACCUGCUUGGCCCAGUCUUGAGACCCUGAGGACUUGGAUCUGGCAUCCCCUGUGAACAGAGGUCAAAGAUACCCCAUAGGCAAGGUUCUUCAAGGAGGCACCUGUUGCAGAGGCGAGCAGCGAAAUAAAGGCGAGCACUAGUUUCAGAGAUCCUGUAAGAAUCUAAGAACUAACCGGGGAAACUUGCAGAAGGGGAUGUGAUUGGGAUCUCAGACCAUGAGGUUAGUGGAGAUCUUAACAUAAAUCUGUGUGACAUACAUUAAUGAGCUCUAUUCUGAGAGCCCAGUACUGGCUCUACUAAACACCGUUUCACCUGUAAUUCCUAACAACAGUUGCUGCCCCUGCCGAAGGGCUUCCAGGAGGGGCUGCAUGGGGCUCUGAAACUCAGGCUGCUAGCACACAGACACCUGCCAGCUCUUAGACAUUGUAAUUGCCAGACUCCUGCAGUUUUUUUUUCAGGGCAGUGGGCAGAUACAAAAUGUACUGCAGAGGAUUCAAGAAGGUAGAGGAUGUGACAGCAGAAUGCUACCCGCAGCCCACUACCUUAUUGGCUUUUUUUUUUUUUUUUAACAGUCUCUACUGAAAUACGAGGAAGGCACAGCCCAGGAAUGUUGUGUUGGCGAUUUCUGCAGAUUAGGCUUUUCUAGAAAGCCUGAGCAUCUUCUUAUAUUCAGAUACCCUAUCGUGAUUAGUCAUGGUCAGCAUCAUUGCAUGUGUGGGUAAAUGCCUGCGGCAGGACGUGCACUUGCUGCCUUGGGCCCAUUCCAUGUUGAGAACUCUGGGAAGGAGCCUCGGUCCCUUAAUGGCCAACAUGGCAGAGAAAAACAUGAGGAUGUUUUCGGGAAGGGCGGUGCCAGCCCCAGGGGAGGAAACCUUUGAAAACUGGCUGAUCCAAGUCAAUGGGGUCCUGCCAGACUGGAGUAUGUCUGGGGAGGAAAAGCUCAAGCGCUUGAUGAAAACCCUUAGGGGCCCUCCCCGGGAGGUCUUGUGUCUGCUUCAGGUGGCCAACCCCAACCUAGGUGUGGCAGAUUUCUUGCAGGCCAUGACAUUGGUGUUUGGGAAAUCUGGUAGUUGUAUGACUGCCCAUGGUAAAUUUUUUAAUACCCUGCAGGCACAGAGGGAGAAAGGCUCCCUAUAUGUGAUCUGUUUAGAGGUGUAGCUGCAGAAUGCCAUUCAGGCAGGCAUCCUAGCUCAGAAAAAUGCAAACCAGAUUCGCCUGCACCACCUUUUAGGUGCUGAGCUGAAUAGGGACGGGCAGUUCAGGUUUAAGCAUCUUCUCAGGACUUAUGCAAAUGAUCGACUUCCUAAUUUCCUGGAGUUAAUCAGGAUAAUAAGAGAGGAAGAGGAUUGGGAUGACACUUUCAUUAUGGGAAAGCGGCCCAGAAGAUCUGAGCCAAUAAUGGAGAGGGCAGCCAGCCCUUAUGUGGCAUUUGAGGGCCCCCAGCCAAUAGUGAUUGACAAUGCUAACUGCCAUUGCAACGUGAGAGAAACAGAGGAUAAGCUUGAUGACUCAGAUGAGGAUGUGAUUCUAGUGGAGUCUAGGGACCCUCCACUUUCAUCCUCAACUGCUCCUCCCUUCAGAGUCAGGGCCAGACCUCAGGAUCAAGUGCUAGUGAUUGAUUCCCCCAAUAAUUCUAGGGCUCAGUCUCCUUCCACCAGUGCUGCUUCUGGGUAUGAGAAUGCUGGUCCUGGGGAUAUCAGAAAGCGAAAAUACACGGACCUCUGUUCAUAUUGUGGUGAGGAGUACCUUUCAAGAGAAACCUGUAACCAUGAGAGCAGCAACCCACAAGUUUUUGAGAACCUCUUCACACAUCAGAAGGACCUGGUUCAACCACAGUAAGGUGGUAGAUUCAGCCCUAAAUGAACCUUUAAUUACUUUCAGAAUCAGGUGGUGGGAAAUGAGUGGAGGGUGGGCUUCUAACUGCAUAAAUUAAUCCAUAAAGCAGUUCUCUUUUGGGAAAGGUGAGGAGGUCUUGCAUUCCAGGACAGUGGAGGGAGAUGGCCUUUCCUUAGUCCCUGCUACCUCCUCUGACUCCCUAUUUUGUAUGUGUAUAUCUUUGAUGACUUCAUUCUCUUUAAGGAAAGACUAUCUUUGUGAAAUUCUCCAAAACUAAAGAAAACAAAAACUCAAGUACAAAUUACCUGGAACUCCUCUCUCUUACAUAAACAUUGUCAACCCUUUGGCGAAUGUCCUAGAUAUUUUCCUGUUCCUGUGUAACCACAUAGAUUAUAUGUAUAAAGAAAAGUGAUCAAACAUAAAUAAUCUUCUAUACUGUGUAUUUUUCACCAAACUAUAUCUUGUGAUCUUACAUGUCAAUGAAUAUAUAUAAGUAUCUAAUUUAAUGUGUGUGUGUGUGUCUGUGUGUGUGUGUGAUAUGUUACCUUUAGGAAGAUAAAGGAAAAUAAAACAAAGUACAGAAACUUUCA